CAGUUCGUGCUCCGUCCAGUGUCAAAUUAUUUUCUUUUUCCGUUUCUUGCGUCAAUUAAUGGGCUUAUUUGGCAGCAAAAUUUCUAGUGCAGCAAAAAUGGCAGGUUCGACUGAAGUUAAACAAUUUAUUAAAGAUGCCGUUUCCAAGGAAAAAGUAGUAGUAUUCUCGAAAUCCUACUGCCCGUAUUGCAAAUUGGCCAAGGAUGUGUUCACGAAGGUGAAGCAGCCCAUCCAGGUGAUAGAGCUCGACCAGAGGGAUGAUGGAGCCGUCAUUCAGGACAGCCUCGCACAGAUGACUGGCUUCAGAACUGUUCCACAAGUAUUCAUCAACGGAAACUGCGUGGGUGGAGGUUCUGAUGUUAAGGCUCUUUACGAGUCUGGCAAGCUUGAACCUAUGCUCAUCGGCUGACUUUCAGAGAGCAGUCAUCAUAGCCGGGCUGGGACAUCAGGAAUAAACAACAAAAAUAGCAAAUUAUAACAGCCAAAUAUAAAUUGAAGGAUAUUUUUUUUAUUAUAUAUUAUUUACUAUAUUUAAUGCAUUUCAACUGAACAAAUAGAAUCUUUAAAAAGUGACAAUACUAAGAAAGUAUAGAAAUCAAAAUUUAAACUUAUUUAUUUAUAAAGUGUUAACAUUAGAAUCUAAAAGUAUAUAUAAGCUGUUAUUAUAAGUGUUUAGCCAAGUUAGGUUAUGCAUUGAAGUACAACUACAUAUUUUAGUGUUACUCGUAAUCAGUGGUGGUAAUUAUUUUAUCUGUAAACCACACCACCACCACGGCGUGGUUUGCAAACAAAGUGAUUGUCACAGACACUCUUAGAUAACAGUUUACUGCUUGUUUUAAUAUAAAUUAUUUGUUUUUAUUUGUAAUAAAAAUGUGAUUGUAUGGAAUAA